GCUAAUUCCAAGGUGAAACCAAAGGGGAUAAAAUCUUGUCAAUGAUCGUACUUGAGUACAGUAGUUAACUCCGUCUUAUCAGAUCAACGCAGCCCUGCAACGGGCAAAAUCACGUGUCAGGAUCCCAACGUCACCUCAUCAUCAACGCGUCCGCCUCCUCCUCGUUUGUGAGGAAUAUCUCGAGCAUCACCUAUCCAGACGAGCAAAAACUGCCCGGAAUCGAUUCACAAUCACCAAAACUAUGCCUACACGCGAUACCAGCGCCGAAGCCGGCACGCCCGACGUGCAAGCCGGAGAAAAGUCCAUCGCCACCAUAGCAACCCUACGGUAUGCUUAACCCCCCCCCGGUUGGGAAUAACAUUUUAUUUCAGGCUCGAAAACCAAACAGGGCUAACAUCCCCUUCUAGUGUUGGUGUGAAGCUGUAUGUCUACCACGAAAAUUCGAAGGAACACCGCCUGGCCGAGAUCCUGUCGAUACAAACACGCAAAGGCACGCCGCAUUAUUACGUGCACUAUGAGGAGUUCAACAAGCGUUUGGACGAAUGGGUCCCGCCCACACGUCUGGAUUUGGCUAAAGAGGUGGAAUGGCCACGCCCGGAUAGACCCGCGAAGAAGCCGGAGAAGGUAGCGAAGGCCUCGACGCCCCGGGAGACGCCAACGUCUACGACUGCUAGGGUGCCGAAGCGACCACGGAGAGGCGACAGUCUGGGCCCGGGGACACCAACACUUGUGCAGAAGGGCAGUAAUAAGAAGGCCCGCACUUCCGCACUCCCGGAGGAUGACCUGGUCGUGCAAUCUGAGACUGUCGGCGACGUGGGCACCCCCGAGGAUGAAGAGGUUGAUGAGGAGUCCGUAGAGAUUGAUCCCAAAGCCGCCGCUGCGCGCGCUACCCCAGCAAAGCAGAGUGGGGCGAGCGGGACACCAGAGACCUUUUCAAAGGAGCACGAGAUCGAGAAACUGAGGACUUCCGGCUCAAUGACCCAAUCCGCGCACGAGAUCUCUCGCGUGCGCAAUCUAUCAAAACUACAGAUCGGAAAGUACGAAGUAGAGCCCUGGUACUUCUCCCCGUACCCGGUGGAGUACACGGAGGAGGAGAUGGUCUUCAUCUGCGAAUUCUGCCUCAGCUAUUUCGGCGAGGAGAAGCGCUUCCAACGCCACCGAACAAAGUGCACACUUCUGCAUCCUCCGGGGAACGAGAUUUACCGCGACUCCGCCGUCUCCUUCUUCGAGAUCGACGGGCGGCGCCAGCGCACUUGGUGCCGCAACCUGUGUCUGCUGUCAAAGUGCUUCCUGGACCACAAGACGCUGUACUACGACGUUGACCCCUUCCUCUUCUACAUCAUGACGACAAGAGAUGAAUAUGGCUGCCACAUGAUCGGCUACUUCUCCAAGGAGAAAGAGUCUGCCGAGGGCUACAACGUCGCGUGCAUCCUCACGCUCCCGCAAUACCAGCGCCACGGUUACGGAAAACUGCUCAUCGCCUUCUCCUACGAGCUCAGCAAACGCGAGGGAAAACUGGGAUCCCCGGAGAAGCCACUGUCGGAUCUGGGAUUACUCGGGUAUCGGGCGUAUUGGCAGGAUACCAUUGUGGACCUGCUGCUGAGUAACAAGGGGUUGGAAACCACUAUCGAUGAGUUGGCGAGCUUGAGCGCGAUGACUACCCAGGAUGUUAUCCACACGCUGCAGAAUUUGAACAUGUUGAGAUAUUUCGUGUGUACUCCCUUCCCCUUUCCUCCUACCCGUCAUCUCUAUGUUUGCGCCCGUGGGCUGAUCAGAAUGGAACUUCGGGGGGGGGGCUUAUAGAAAGGUCAACAUGUCAUCUGCCUCACAGACGCAAUCCUGAGUCAAAAGCAGAAACAAGUUGAGAAGCAGAAGAUUAAGGGUAAGAGGACGCUAGAUCCGGAAUUGAUUCAGUGGAAGCCGCCGGUUUUUACGGCGGCUAAUCGCACUUGGAAUUGGUAAUUUUUCUUCUUUGAUUCUUUUCUUGAGUUUUUCUUCUUCUUCCACUUUCAGGUUUGAUAUAAUUAUAUGGAUGGGUGGGCUUUGAUUGAUGGGCGUUGGGUCGUGGAGUAGGUGUUGAAAAUGUUGCUUUUCUUUCUCUUUUUUUUUUUUUUUGAUUGUCUGCCCUGGUUCAAUGGUGGGGUUGCAUUGUGUAGUUUAGAUUUCGUGGAAUUUACUUCCUUCCCUUCCUUGCCCGCUUACGGGGGUAUAUAUUUGUGCAGACUGGUUCGGUGGAUUACAUACAGCAAGUGGGUUGGUGGGUGUGAUUUGUGGGAUCGAUUUAUUCAGGAGAGAAUUGAGGGGAGGAAGGGGUUGAGUGAUGGAUGGAACGCUGGGAGGAAGGCAAAUAUACGUUGGAGGGCUAUCUCUUUUGUUCCUUUUGCUUCCCUUCUGGCCCUGGUGUUGGGAGUUUGAACUAUUUUCGUUAGCCAUGUACGCGCUGGUAACGAAGCAGUAGAGGAGGCAUACCGAAUCAGGCGUAUCAUCCCUCCCACUCCCAACCUGCUCCCAGACGCUACUACCGCCCUGGAAGUUCCUGCGUGUCGGAGUCAGCAUUCCCCGAACCCUGGAGAGGCAAGAAACGCAUACCUGAAAGCCUGCGUCAUCUCCAAAGGCUCCACCACAAUCCUCUUCUUCUCCUCAUCAUACCUCAACUCGGUAUACCCCGUGAGUGGAAAAUCCUUCCUGAGCGGAUGCCCAUCGAAGCCAUAAUCGGUCAUGAUCCUUCUCAAGUCCGGAUGGCCCACGAACAGCACCCCGAAGAGAUCAUACACCUCCCUCUCAUACCAAUUUGCGCCAUCGUAUAACCCCGUAAUGCUGGGAACGGGCGAGGCUUCGUCCGCGUAGGUCUUGACUCGAAUGCGCGAGUUGUGGCGGAUGGAGAGGAGGUUGUACACCACUUCGAAGCGAUUGCUGCGGGUCGGGUAGUCCACCGCUGUUAUAUCGCUGACUUGCGUGUACUGCGCCGCCGUGUGGUUCUUGAGGAAGGUGAAGACGGGCAAGACGGCCGAGGGCGCGAUGUAGAUUGUUAGCUCGUCUUUCCAGAUGCUGAAUUGUUGGAUGUACUUUGGCAAGGCGGAGAUUAGGUAACGGCCGUAGGCGUGGAGGGAUUCAGAAGUUGAUUUGUAUUUGUCGGCCCUGCCGAGAAAGGCGGUUAAUUUUUUUGGCUUUGGUCUUGGUUGGGGUUGGGCUGGGGGGGGUUCUCGGACUUACGGGUUCACGAUGGGUGCCUUUAGAGGUCCGAUAGCUGUGCAGGGGUCUGUUUAGAAUUUCGUGGAAUUCAUCGUUUAAAUAAAUAAAUGGUUUAUACUCACGGGGUCUCUCAGCUUUCCGAAUGUUGGGAAGUUCUGUUCCGUCCGGUCUUUUGGCUCCGGAGUAGUAUGAUCUCGCAGCAAUGGCGGGGGCAAGUCUGAUAGCGGGGGAACGAGCGCCCGCCGAAAGCGACCGCACGAUAACGGUUGACGAAUUGAUCCGCAAUGACAUCUUGAUUGAAUGAGGAUGUGGAUUGAGGAGGGGAAAGGGGCUGAGUGGAGAUGGAGAUGGAGAACUGAUUCCUGCCGCGUGCAGUCAAAGAGUAGACUACCGAUAGGACAGCACGCGAAUCACUGUUCGAUAUCAAGCGUGAUGUCUCCCACACUCUGGUUUGAAACUCGUGGGGAGCCGGAACAGAUUAUCUAGAUUAGAUCCUUGACGGUACUGUAGAGACCUUUGAUUUCCCAAAAAAGUCAACCUGUCAAC